AUGGCGACUUUCGUGAAAGCUGUAACGCAUUCUAACGUUUUAACGUCAAUUUCAACAAAGUACAAAUACUUUUUCCUUAAUGCGUCAAUACGUGUUUCAACAAGACGCUGUUCCACCAUACCACAAAAUCAUGAAAAUUACGAUGUUAUUAUCAGUGGUGGUGGUAUGAUUGGAACAACACUGGCAUGUGCAAUAGCAAAUAACAGAAAGCUUGAGUGUAAAAAGAUUCUUUUAUUAGAAAGUGGUAAAAAACUUGAAGAUGAACCAAGAGAACAAUAUUCUAAUCGUGUGGUUGCUUUAAAUCAACAAACAUAUAUUUUGCUUUCAAGUAUAGGAGCAUGGCAACAUAUUGAAGCAACACGUUACUGUGCAGUAAGAAAAAUGCAGGUAUGGGAUGCAUGUUCUGAUGCCAUGAUUGUGUUCAACAAAGAUUGCUUGACUGAAGAAAUUGCAUACAUAGUUGAGAAUGAUUUAUUAUUACAAGCAGUGAAUAAACAAUUGGCAAAGAAAGAAAAUGUAGAUGUAAUUUAUAACUCUAAAGUUGUACAUAUCAAGUUACCUGAAAGAUCAGGAGAGAAUGCAGAGAUACAGUUACAAAAUGGAACAACAUAUAGAACUAAACUAUUGAUUGGUGCAGAUGGUGCAAAUUCAUUAGUACGACAAACAAUGGGUACGCAAUAUAUAAAAUGGGAUUACAACCAACUGGGUGUAGUUGCUACUCUUAAAUUAUCAGAGCCCACAGAAAACAUUGUAGCUUGGCAGAGAUUUUUACCAACAGGACCAAUAGCAUUACUCCCAUUAACAGAUUGCCUUAGUUCUCUUGUAUGGUCAUUACCAACAGACGAAGCGAAAAGACUUUUAAAAGUUUCGGAAGAAGAAUUCGUCGAUAGCAUAAACGAUGCUUUGUGGAGAGUUUAUCCGAAAGAUGGUAUAAUUGAGAGCGGUUUGCGAGCACUUGAACAAUUACUUGAAGGUUUAUCUUUACAAACUGGCGUAGUAAGACAAUUACAACCGUCAGUGUCAGCUAUUGUCGAAGGAUCUCGUGCCGCCUUUCCUUUACACUUCGGUCAUUCUGUAUGUUAUGUUCAAACAGGAACUGUUUUAGUAGGAGAUGCAGCACAUAGAAUCCAUCCAUUAGCUGGUCAAGGGGUAAACCUAGGUUUUGGAGAUAUAACAGUAUUAGUUAAACUUCUUGCUGAAGCUGUUGUAACUGGAGCUUCAUUAGGAGAUAUAAUGUACUUAAGAAAGUAUGAAACAUUAAGACAACGAUACAAUGUUCCAGUAAUGCUUUCUAUUGAUGCACUACAUCGAUUGUAUAAAGGAACAGCCGCUCCUGUCGUAUUAGCCAGAAGUUUAGGAUUGCAAUUGACAAAUGCUAUUCCAGUGAUAAAGAGAGCUAUAAUGGAACAUAAAGAUUACUAA